GAUAGAUGACUCACCUUGAAAAGUCAGUUUCCCACUGUGGGAAACACUUAUUUAUAAAAAAGGGUCAACUAUCAUUUUAAAAGUGUUUUGAUCAUUUUGGCUCAGGCUGCUGAUAAAUAAGAGCGAUUAAUGAUGAGAGCACAAGGAGAAUUUAAAUUAAAAUCACCGCCUGACGACGCUAUUUCUAGCGUAAAAUUCGGGCCCAACGCUAAUCAGUUUCUGCUGGUUUCUUCCUGGGAUGGAUACGUGAGAUUGUACGAUGUUACUGCCAAUACCUUAAUACAUAAAUAUGCUCAUGAUAACGCCGUGUUGGACUGCUGUUUUACUGAUGCUAUCCAUUCAUAUUCAGGAGGUUUGGACAACACAUUGAAGUCGUUUGAUUUCAAUACCACAACUGAAAGCAUAGUAGGCACCCAUACUGGACAAAUAAAGUGUGUUGAACAUUGCAAUCAACUCAACUGUGUAUUAACAGGUGGUUGGGAUCAUCAUGUAAAAAUUUGGGACCCCAGAAUGUCUGGUCCAAGUGGAAGUUAUAACCAGAGUGAUAAAGUAUAUUCCAUGAAUACAUGUGGAGAAAAAUUGCUGGUUGCGACUGCUGGAAGAAAAGUUUUAGUUUGGGAUAUCAGAAACAUGUCAUAUGCACUGCAAAGAAGGGAGACCAGUUUGAAGUAUCAAACCAGGGCCAUUAGAGCUUUUCCGAAUAGACAAGGCUUUGCUUUGAGUAGCAUUGAAGGAAGGGUUGCAGUAGAAUAUUUGGAUUCAAAUCCUGACAUUCAAAAGAAAAAAUACGCCUUUAAGUGCCAUCGAAUUAAAGAAGAUGGAAUCGAAACAAUUUAUCCUGUUAACGCCAUUAGUUUUCAUCCAAUCCACAACACGUUUGCAACUGGAGGUUCUGACGGCUAUAUCAACAUAUGGGACGGUUUUAACAAGAAAAGACUAUGCCAGUUUCAUCAGUACCAUACCUCAAUUACCUCACUUAACUUUAGCCACAAUGGUUCAGUAUUGGCUAUUAGCUGUUCAUACUUUUUGGAAGAAGAUAACCCACCCAAUCCGUUACCUGAUGAUGCAAUUUAUAUUAGAUCCGUGACCGAUCAAGAGACCAAACCUAAGUACAGUUCCAGUGCGCAAUGAUAAUAUUUUGUCAGGUGAGAAGUACGAUUGGUUGUUCAUGUGUGGUUAAUAAUAUAGAAUUAAAUUUAAA